AUGAAUUCGCUCUUUGUUGGAAGUGUAAGCGCCGAGGAACCGUCUCUGACCGAGACCCUAGAGAAGUAUCAAGAUUUGUUUCGUCCAGAUUUGGGAAGGUGUACGAAAAGUUUGGUUCACCUGCACUUCAAGGAAGCGCCAGAGCCGAUUUUUUUCAAGCCUCGCCCCAUUCCGUUUGCUACAAGGCAAGCCGUUGAGAAGGAUCUGCAGAGGCAAGUGGACAAUGGAGUACUGCAACCAGUUGAGGUCUCGGAAUGGGCGACGCUUAUCGUUGUGGUGCCGAAACCACAUGGAGCCGUAAGGGUAUCUGGCGACUUCAGCGUUACUGUCAACCCGCAACUGGCGAUUUCGCAGUAUCCACUGCCACGACCGGAAGAGCUACUGGCAGUCCUCAACGGUGGCUAG